AUGAAGUAUGUGUUGUGCCUGCUGCACGUGAUUGUUCUGUGCAUUUAUAGGAAGGAGCAUGAUGGUGAGUUGUGUGAUGGUCUUGUGUGCAGUUCCCUCUCGGUAGGGAGCGGAGGGGGGCGUCUCACAAAGGAGGGGCAGCAGACGACUCACUCGAGGAUGCUAUACGAGUUGAUGAGAAGAAAAAGGAGGGGAGCAGGUCGACGGAGACGCAACAAUCGUAGUGCUAAACGGCGCAACAGACGACGUAACAAACGGCUAGCAAAGCAACGGAAGGCACGAUGCAGAAAGGCAAAGAAAGAACAAAGGAGAAGGAAAAGGCAGAGGAAGAGAGCCGAUCGGAAGAGGAAAAGAAAGGAGAAAAAAAGAAGAAGACAAGAAAGGAAGGAAAAGAAAAAACAAAGGAAAAGACAAAUGAAGGAACAGAAGGAGAAAGAAGCUGAGGGACCAAGUGACGGCUUGGAGAUGAAUACAAUUCAUGAUGGGGACGACGGUGUGGUAGGACAAGCAGGGCCCCCUCUCGCCGAGGAAAGUUACACUGACGGGGUGAGUUCACAUGACGCAGCAGAAGAAGGUGCAUCUUCAGCAGUAGGGCGUGGAGCAAUGCAGGUAGGAAGUCACCCACCUGGAAGAACUGGAGGGCCGAUUGACCCAUUUGGGUCCUACCCUUCCUCACUGCAUGAUGACAGUAUAGACGACUCUAGCCAUCCCAAACAAGCUGGCGUAAGCACUGCUUUGGUGGGAGGCAGCCCGUACGAAGCCGACUUGGGAACAAACGUGAAGGUGAUCCAUUUGGAAAAGCUAAAAAGUGAACCCAAGGGGGAGCUCAUAAAUAAAAUUAGAGGAAUUUUAAAUACGCUGGAGUGA